AUGACGUUAAGCUCUGAAGACCUGCUCUAUGCAGGCACUGUAUGCAAGUGCCAAAAGCACCCACAAAGGAAACGGUCUGCUUUCCCUGGAAAAUCAUUAGAAGCGCUGAACAUCUUGUUCGGUGAAAACUCACACCGUCGCAGCAUUCAAAAAGAGCUGACUUCAAAAAUGAACAUAAAACCAACAAAAUUGGAUAUUUGGUGCAAUGACCACAGAACAAAACUCAGAAGAAGCGAAAAAACAGUCAUUAGGAGCAAAAACAAGAGGCUGAGCAACAGCAGUUUCCUGAGGCAUAGUCAAGAACAGUACUCCACUGCCCAUCCCCAAAAUGAGUCUAUUGCCCAUUUCUCUAAUGGCACCUGUCUUGGAUCCCCAGUUUACACAAAUCACAUGGCACCCUCAUUCCAACUCAGUAUAUGCUCAAAUUAUAAGGUCCCUGUGGAUUGUUCUGUGGGCCGCUGCCAAAAUCGCCUCAUACACUGCUCCUCUUCUAUUUUGGAAUUCUGAGUUUGUUCUAUAAGCUUCAAUUCUACUUCAUCUUGUUCUUCAGCUGUGUAA